GGCUACACACUACAUCAAGACAAGUGAAGAUGGCGGAUGUGUUGAGUGUUCUUCGUCAGUAUAACAUCCAGAAAAAAGAAAUCGUCGCCAAAGGAGAUGAAGUUAUAUUUGGAGAGUUCUCCUGGCCGAAAAAUGUCAAGACCAACUACAUAAUCUGGGGUACUGGAAAAGAGGGGCAGCCCAAAGAGUACUAUACUUUGGACUCAAUCUUGUUCUUGCUCAACAAUGUGCAUCUGCCACAUCCAUCGUAUGUGCGAAGAGCUGCAACAGAGAACAUCCCUGUUGUCAGACGACCUGAUCGAAAGGGCUUACUGUCAUAUCUCAAUGGAGAAAGCUCUACUUCAACGAGCAUCGACAGAAGUGCGCCUAUAGAAAUAGGUCUACAAAGGCCAACGCAGGUCAAAAGAGCAGCUGAUGAGGUAUCUUCUGAAGCCAAAAAACCACGGAUUGAGGAUGAGGAGCGAGUGCGUCUGGACAAGGAGCGUCUGGCUGCCCGUCUGGAGGGCCACAAAGAGGGCAUUGUGCAGACUGACCAGAUCAGAUCACUGUCUGAGGCCAUGUCAGUGGAGAAAAUCGCCGCCAUCAAGGCCAAGAUUAUGGCCAAGAAACGUUCCACCAUUAAAACAGAUCUGGAUGACGAUAUAACCCUGAAGCAGAGAAGCUUUGUGGAUGCAGAAGUGGAUGUCACCAGGGAUAUUGUCAGCAGAGAGAGAGUCUGGAGGACCAGGACAACCAUUCUUCAGAGCACUGGAAAGAACUUCUCAAAGAACAUCUUUGCCAUCCUUCAGUCGGUGAAAGCCAGAGAAGAAGGUCGAGCACCAGAGCAGAGACCAGCACAAAACACUACUCAAGUGGACCCGUCCCUAAGGAACAAGCAACCUGUCCCAGCAGCCUACAACAGAUACGAUCAGGAGCGAUUCAAAGGAAAAGAGGAAACGGAGGGUUUCAAAAUCGAUACCAUGGGCACCUACCACGGCAUGACCCUGAAGUCAGUGACGGAAGGCGCAUCUGCCCGGAAGGCCCAGACCCCAGCGCUGCAGCCAGUCCCUCGUCCAGUUUCACAAGCCAGACCUCCACCAAAUCAGAAGAAAGGCUCUCGGACACCCAUCAUCAUCAUCCCCGCCGCCACCACCUCACUCAUCACAAUGCUCAAUGCAAAGGAUCUCCUGCAGGAUCUAAAGUUUGUCACAUCAGAGGAGAAGAAGAAACAAGGCCUCCAGCGUGACAAUGAGGUUCUGCUUCAGAGGCGCAAAGACCAGAUCCAGCCCGGCGGCACAACGCUGAGUGUCACCGUGCCGUAUCGUAUCAUCGAUCAGCCGCUCAAACUGGGUCCUCAGGACUGGGAUCGAGUGGUGGCUGUGUUCGUACAGGGUCCUGCCUGGCAGUUCAAAGGCUGGCCGUGGCUGCUGCCCGACGGAUCUCCUGUCGACAUUUUCGCCAAAAUUCGAGCCUUUCAUUUGAAGUACGACGAGGCAAAGACAGACCCCAACGUGCAGAAGUGGGAUGUGACCGUCCUGGAGCUGAGUCGCCACAGACGCCACCUCGACCGGCCCGUCUUCCUGCGCUUCUGGGAAACCCUCGACAGAUACAUGGUGAAACACAAAUCUCACCUCAGGUUCUGAGUCCAGAUCACAGCGUCCAUCACCGAAAACCCCACAAAUCCAUUCUCCAGCCCUCCAACUCUGCUCGGUGCAUCUCUGUCAUCCAGUCUGCCACCCCAUCUUCCAACAGCAUCCCCACUUCACCAGGAGGAAGACGGAUCAUCCAGGUUCACUUCCUUCAACACUUCCUCAAGGACUCCUAAUGCAAUGUUUCGCUCUGGACAUCAGAGAGGAGAUUUAGGGGAUUUUUGUGUUUUUUUUCUGUUGUAACUGUUUUCUAAUGUUUUCAUGUAGUUCAACAGAAAUACCAAAAUAUGUUUUAUAUAAAAAAGGCAACAUACCGUGGAAACAAUUUAAAUAAGAUAUUUAGGAACACAGUGAGGAAGAGGAGGUUUGCAUUUUUGUCAGUGGUAAAGAGGAAAAUGGUUAUUGAGGCAAACAUGGAAAUAACUCUGGUUACAAACAAAGCAGCUGCUGAGUUUGAGGGAAGAGACUUCCUUUACGCAUUUUCUAUUUUGGGUGUUUGUGGUUUGAAUGUACAUAUAUGAUAAAACCUGUGAGAGCCAAAGCUCUUUGAGCAGAGAGGAAGAUGCAGGUAAGUGAAUUGUUAAUAUGUUAAAAACCACACUGCUCUGACUCUGAAAUGCAGUCAGUUCCUAGUUCAGUUUGAUGACGGAUCAGCACAUCUUUUGGUCAUGCAAUGACUGUGUUAAAGUCUUCUUUUUCUUCUUUGUUGGUGUUGUGCUAGAUGAGAGAAAUGAUGGAAAGUAUUGCUUUAAGUCAUCACAUAAAAUAGACAAUAAAGCCUCUGAGAAACAAA